AUGAUGGGGUGCCGCAGCUUUCAGCUUGCUUCGAUCAUCACCAGUGUUUGUUUCAAUUUGGGGAGUUUGGCAAUGGUGCAUUGCUGGGAUUACUUUGUGCAAUCUUCCGAUGCAAGGUAUGCCCAGCCAAGCGAAUGCGCUCGAUUGGGUUCAAGGCCGCACCCGACGGUCACCAUGCUGAUCCUCAACACGGAGCAGCUGUCCAAGAUCUUUGGCAUCUUGGGAAUUCAUACCUCGAGGCGGUAUGAACAGGUCAAAGCCGAGUCCUGCGGACUCCACACAGAGGCUGACCUUGACUGCUGA